UAAAUAAUUGAGAAGGGAAAAUCCAAACCCAAAAAUGGAGUACAUGUUUUCACAGAAAAAAUCCAAUUGUUCGUGUGCUUAUUCAUGUAGCCAUGUGGGUUGCAAAAAGGCUUUGGUCUUCCUGUCUUUUGCAGUAUUCAUUCUUGUUAUUUGGAAUAUUUUUUUGCAAUAUCAAGUUUAUACGGUUUCAGUAAAAUUGAAUGGAUGCACACAGAAUGGCGAAAAGAAAGCACAAAUGGUUAAUGAAAUGAAAAAUUCCUCGACGGAAAAUAACAGAGCUAAGAGUAUGCCCCUACCAUUCUUAGUCAGAGAACGUCGUAGUAAUAGAAGGUUAAGGAAUAGAGUUUCAACCCUCGAAGACGGUUAUGCAGCUCUUAAUUGUACAGUUGAAAUUUUGAAAGCUGUCAUUUUGAAGAAAGUCGCACAUCUUGCCAUGAGUAAUAGCAUGAACAGAACGAUACUGUACACUAGAGUGGAUAAUAUUGCCAAUUGUUCAAGCAACGCAGGGUGUUUGAGAUGGGACAAUCCGUUGGAAGAAUUCAAAGACUCGUUCACUUUCAUUAAAGAUGGGAACAAUAUGCCAGUGGCAAUAAAAAUUACCAGUCCGGGAAUAUAUUAUGUAUACGCCCAACUUGCAAUCAGUGGGCCAGAUCUGAGCACUAGUUAUGAUUCAACCGUAGGAUUUCAGAUUGUCCAAGUUCGAGGACAACGCGAAUUUACCUUGUCAAAAGGCAUUGCCACACAGGACCAGAGAGGACGCCGUUACCAGAAUAUAAACAGUAAACCGUUUCCAGUUGACACGGUCCUUGCUCAGGGGACGUUUAAGUUCUACUGCUAUGAUAUGAUAUAUGUAAGACUAAUGGGGAAUACGGAGAUUUCUUUCGGGAGUGAUACAUCAUAUUUUGGUAUUUACCAGGUAAAUCCAGCAAAUAAUCCUGAAUAUGAAGACCACAGUAACCAUCCGUAAUACUCGGUUAUAAGGAAAUGUCGGUUUCAAGAAACCAUUUUUACUAUGUUCCUAAUACAGAUAAAAAGAAUUGAAGUAAAAUUCGAAGUCUAAGUGACUUCCUUAUAAGCAAGUUUUACUGUAUAUCGUUUGACAAGUGAGAGC